CUUUACACAUCAUAAAAAAAAAAAAGAGUCAACCCUAAAAAAAAUAAUGUGAAUGCUGAUGGGGUGCCCUUACAUACGCGCUUUGCUGAUCCCUCCAGUCCCUUCCAAGUUGAUUAUUGGCUGGAGACUUCACUGUUAGCAAUUGACUUCCUGUUGAGCUCUCCAUAUAUUGGCACCCCUCACGUUGAGGUUAAGCAUUAGUUGCACUAUUACUGAUAUCUAUCAAUAAUGGAGAAGAAACCUAAAGAAGCAAGAACGCCAAUAUUGACAGGCUUUGCGUCAAUAAACGAAGACCUUGUUCAAAACAUUCUGAAGAGAACACCAGCUUCAUCCUUUGCAUCAGCUGCUUGUGUUUGCAAAUCAUGGAACCAAACUUGCAAUCAAAUCCUCUCCAAACCAAAGCUUGCUUCUGCCUUUUCUCUCAACCCAGACCAGAAGGUUGCAUCACAAGAGGUUGUGAAUAAGGUUCUCUCCGAGCCAAUCAGACCCCAGUUUGCCAUUGCAAAUGUUAUUGGGAGUGGUGUUGAUUUGAGUGAAACCCUCAAUUUUUUAGCAGCGAAACUUGGUUCAAAAACUCCAAUUAUUGUGUCUUGUGCAAAUGGAAUCAUAGGAAGAGACGCUGUUACUGAUGAACAUCAAGAGGUUAUGUUAGAAGAUUUUUGGGCUGAUGCUGCAUCAAAAAAUUCAGGCUUUGGUGUCCUGCUGACUGUGGGAUUCUUACCGGGACUCCAAGUUGAAGCUAUCCCGCUGUUACGGCCAAGAAAGGCAGCUAGUCGAAUGGCAUUGGUUGAUAAGUUUGUGAUGGAUAUUAGAAAUUACGCAGCAUAUGUUUCUGGUUCCACUUCACCGGCUCUCGUUAUAAUGUUUGGAGGUGAAAAGGCCGAGCAAAAACCUGUCAUGGAAAAGUUGGAUCAUGCCAUGUCGAGGGAAACUUUCAUUGCGGGUGAUGAGAGAGCCCAAUUCCUGUACAAAAGUGGCAUAGAGUCAAGAAAUGUACAUGGGAGCGGCAAUGAAUAUAUUUCUGAUGCAGUUGUUCUUGUAUUUGCAAGGGAUCGACACAGAGCUUCUGAUGUAGGGGAAAUCCAGUUCCAUUCUGCAUUAUCAAGUGGUGUUUCUACAAUAGGUCCAAGGUACAAGGUAGUUUCUGUCAAAGAGAUUCAACCUGAGACAGAUCUUACUACAUGCCUUAAAGCUAGAAGAGAAGGAGAGCAAGAGAUUCUUGGAGGUCAAAGGAUUAUAGAUGACAUCAACAAUGAGUUGGUGAACAAAACUGAACUGUUCAUUGGGGUUUCAAAACAAAGACAAUGCGUUAUUGGGUCAGAGAAUCCAAAACUGUUGAGAUCCCUGGCUUUCCAUGAAGUUAAGGGAGGAGAUGGAGAGCACCUUUUUGUUAGUGGAGAUGGCAUCGGUUCUGGAGACUAUUUUCAUUUCUACCAUUCAGAUUCAAAGGCCGCAUUAUCUGCAACUAGUAAUGUCUCCAAGAAUUUCAGAAACUUGAAACUAGAUUGGAGUAGCAGCCAGCUUCAUGCAGGUGGUGUUGGUAGUAAGGAAGUAGUUGGAGGUUUGGUUUUCUCUUGUUGGGGCCGUGGUGAAUCAUUCUUUGGACACAGCAAUGUGGAUAGCUCACCAUUCUUGGAUAACUUUCCAGGAAUCCCAAUGGCAGGAAUAUUUUGCUAUGGCGAAGUCGGACGUGGCUUUACAAUGUUGAACGCAGAUGAUCAUGAAGACCAAGAAGAAAAGACUUCGUGUUGCUGUCUACAUGUAUAUAGCACUAUAUAUGUGUUGGUGUCUUAUACUCCAGCACCUCUAAAGCAUUAGAGUUUGUCCAUCUUCUUCGUGAUGGAUUCUCAGAAGUACUGUCGACUCUCUCUACUAUCGGUAGGACUUGUUGUUUUUAUGUUGUUGGGGUGAAAUCCUGUAGUUUGUAGGAGAAAUAUACCACUUUAGUACCGCAGUUCUCAGAAUUCUUAUAACAUUUUCUGCUCAUAACAUAGUACUAUUUAUGGAUCA